AUGGGCGGUCCGGAUCAACAGAACGUCGAGAGUGGUACGGCCGUUGGAUGCGGGAAUGGAGGCGCCGAGCGAGACCUGCCGAAGGUGGUGGUGGUUGGUGUAGGUUCCUCCGAACCGGUUCCGGUGCAACCACAGGCGCACACCUACAGCGAGGCGCUGGAGAUCGCGGGCCGUGGCCGAUUCCACACGCUCCUGCUGUUUGUGACCGGCUUCUGCCUGAUGAGCGUGGUCAACGAGACGGUCAACGUGGGAUUCAUCAUCUCGGCGGCCGAGUGCGACCUGCAGCUCACCUACACCGACAAGGGCCUCCUGAAUGGGGCCGCCUUCCUUGGCGUGGUCGCCAGCUCGCUUGUCUGGGGCUUCCUCUCGGACACCUGGGGCCGGCGCAAGGUGCUGCUGCUGGCGUCCUGUGGGGCACUCUUUUUCUCGGUGCUGUCCACCUUCUCGCCGGCGGUGUGGGUGCUGAUUGCGACGCGCUUCCUCGUUGGCAUUUUUGUUUCGGGCAAUGCGGCCACCUCGUACGCGUACCUGGCCGAGUUCCACGGUGAGGCCAGCCGGGCCCGCGUGAUAUCGUGGGCGGCCAUGUUCAUGGCGAUCGGGCUCAUCUUCCUGCCGACGCUCGCCUGGGCGAUCAUACCGCUGGAGGGCCGUUUCGAGCUGCGGCUGUUCGGGCUGCGGUACGCGAUGUGGCGCGUCUACCUGCUGCUCUGCUCGCUCGAUCUCAUCCUCAUCAUCGCCGGUCUGCUGUUCCUACCCGAGAGUGGAAAGUUUCUGCUAAUCAACGGCCACCGGGAGAAAGUGCGGCAAAUUUUGGUGCGAAUCUAUCGCUACAAUCGGCGCGAACCGGAACACACAUUCCCGGUACAGGUGGUGCACCUCGAUCCGAUGGACAAAGCGUACGCCGAUGAGCUGCAGCGCCGGGCCAACCUGGGCCUUCGCUACGUCUGCCAGCAGAUCGCGCCGCUAUUCCGCGCACCGCUGCUGCUCCACACGCUCAAGGCGUCGGUGCUGAUGUGCGGGUUGUUUGCCGCGUCAUCCGGCCUGCUACUGUGGAUCCCGGAUAUACUAAACACGUACGUGCAGCACACGGACAUGAAACUGUGCGACGUGAUAACGAUGGUGCACGAGAGCCGAACGGGCGCCGGCCGCACCCAGGACGGCCAACCGGCGGACAUCUGUCCGAUCGCGAUCAAUGCGAAUAUCUUCAUCAUCACCGCCCUGAUGGGGGUCGUCUUUCUGCUGUGCUACGUCCUCAACGGGUUCAUCAUCAACCUGGUCGGCGCGAAAGCGCUUCUAAACUCGUGGUUCGUGGUGUGCGGCAUCUGCGGCAUCGCCGUGCUAUGGACAUCCGAUUUCUUUCUGACGCUGGUACUGAUCGCCGCUUUCGACGCAUCUGGCUGCCUCGGCGGUAUCCUCAGCGCAAUAUCGGUCGACCUAUUUCCGACUAAUUACCGGGCAAUGGCAAUGUGCCUGAUACUGAUGAUCGGCCGGUUGGGCGCAAUGGCCGGCAGCAACCUGAUCGCCUAUCUUCUCAGCAUCAACUGCGAUCUUAUCUUUUAUCUAUUCGGCGGUCUACUGCUCAUAUGUGCAAUAAUUGGGUCGACCUUAGCGGGCCAGUCGUAG